AUGUCGUCCGAAGACACUACCCCGUUGGAUCUGUCCAUUCGAAGACCGGAGCAUCGGAACGGUGCAAUGUCCACCAACUAUGCCUCGAAGUACUUCGGAGUUCCACGAACAACAUUGCAGUAUCGGCUUAGCGCCAAAUGUAAAAAUAAGGGUACUACUGGCCCAUACACGGUAUUCACAGCAGCAGAAGCACGUGACAUUGUGUUAUGGCUGAAGACAAUGGAACGAAAAGGGUUUCCAGUUACUUGCACUGCUUUAGUUUACAAGAUUUUGACGUAUUUAAAGGCAAAUCCAAGGAAAACUCCAUUCAAGAACAAUGUACCCUCAGCUGGCGAUCAGGACACCAGAAUCGUAAGCAACCUGAAUGAUGCUGAGGAUCCUCAUGAAACAGAAUUCGUGGUUCCGUAUCACCUAGUCGACGAAUCUCUGAAAAUGCUGGGGCCUGAAAAAAUACAAUUGUAUAAGAAGGAAACAUCGGAGAACCUUUCCCAAGAAGACAGAGUACUAGCGUUUAUCUGCAAGAAUAUCCUUUGUCAUCAAAGCAAUAAAUCAUUCAUUCCGAAUAUUGAUGCAACUACUGGGCAUUUUGCUGACAUGCCGAUGUUUAUAGGUAAUAAAUAA